AAUUAGUUCCCUUUCCCCUAGAAAAAUCACUCGGCAUUCCCUGAGGAUAACAUCAGUUACUGCUGCUGUUCUUUUAAAUUACCAGUUUGAGCUCCAUAAUGUUGCUCUCCCGCAAGGAAAUCGUAUCGCUUUUGCUUCUCCUGACGGCGAUCAUCAGUGUGCUGAACGCGUCGGUCUUUGCGAAUAUCCUGCCCCUCCACGUCGGCCAUGAGCAGGUGGGCCUGCAGGUUGUCUGCGUGGGAACCGCCUAUAUCUGCCUGAUUUACGCCUUCAGCACCUGGUUGUACCACUCGAACUACUCCAGGACUCGUCUGCACAUGCGGAUUGUGCUGGUGGCCAUGCUCCUGAUUAUGAUGGUGUUUAAUGGAGUGGCCUGCUAUUUAUUUUUCAUGAAAAUGUCCUUUACGAAACUGGAGCAAUCGAUGAAACUGUUUUUGCUAUUCAGCAAGUUCUCGGUGACCUCCAAAUCAGUCAGCUUGGCCAUGUCGGUGCUCUGCAUUCUGCUGCUGAUUGUGAUCAUGGCGCUGAUCAUCGUGACCAUCAUCCAGUCGAUAAUGAGGAGACGCAAAAGCAGGGAAAACAGUGAAAAUAUCGAGAUGCAGCAGGGAAAGAAGGAGGCAUCCUCGUGGGAUGAGCAUUAAGUUUGGUUUUCAUGCAACGCCAAACAUUUCAUGUCGCUGCAAUGUGGCGCCGCAGUUGCAAUAAUAUAAAUAUUAUACUCCCACGUCGUUUGGCACAGACAGACACGAACUGCUCACCUCCUUUAUAUUUUCACCCAUGACACACAGAUUCUGUCUGUGUGCUUUCUUCGCAGGUGAUAUAAAAAAUAUAUAAAGGAGCAGAGGUCCUCCGAGUCACAGGUCGCACUAUGAAUGCGCUUUCGGCAGGAGAAUCAAGCGAUCAUAUAUUACAAAACAUUUUCUAUAUUUUCUAAUUUAAAUAUUGCAAAGGUUCAAGUGUUUUAAAUAAAAAUUGUGCAAAUGGCUUUGAAAA